AUGGGCACAAAUGAAGGGACUGAGAUAUUGUCCAAGCUUGGAAGUAAGUCUUUUUUUGCUGUUUGCUUCCGUUUUUAGGACAACGUCAUGCCCACUUGGAGCAUUUCGAGUGCGGGGCGGUUAUUCUUGGAGGGCCUGCGGCUAAUUUUGGAGGGAGUUGUUGUUGAUGGGGGUUGAUGAAUGGGUGACGAGGGAAUGUUUUUCUGAAUUGAAUAUUGCUUGGCCUUCUUCAUUUUUGAUCUCAAAAGUUCGUCUAGUGCCUAAACUGCACGCCCGUAGAUUAAAAUCCGCUUUGUCUGCCGCAGUUUUAAUCGGUUUUUAAACCUUAAAAGAAUUAAAAAUUUUAGUUUUGAAUUCACAAGAAGAAAGUCCUCAUAAAAUGCGAUCGACAAAGUUGGAAGUGCGUCGAUCAAGGUCAUCGCAACGUAGACAACGAGCUUCAUCACUUAGUGACGAUUCGGACGAUGAGAUUGUGUUUGACAGGGUAAGGUUUUAACUUUUUGUUUUCUUUGUUUUAGUUGCUCGGACGAAUGGGUUUACUCGUUUGUUUCCAGAAUGCUUUGCUCAAUGCGCGGAAGCGUCGACGGCGGCGAAGAUCCUCUUCUCGUUCCUCUACGGAUUUGAAUUCCAUUCCGGAGUCGAAGAAAUGCAAAAUAUUGUGUUUGUUCCUUACAUUCUUUGUUAUGGUAAGUUUUUUGUUUGAUGUUUUGAGACAAAAUUUCAUUGAUCCUAACUUAGAAUGACUUUAGAAGGAAUACUAAUCGUCUUAUUGUGAAUUUAUUUGUGGGGAUAUGGUUUUAUAUAUUGUUUUAGAUAGAUUAGCCAUCAAUAGAUAAAUAAUAUCAUAAUUUGAUGAUUCCUCUGAUUUCGACUUCUUUCAGGGUAUGUCCACAUCAAUUGUUAGCUUCACAAAGCCAGCACUAAUGCAGAAUGUCCAUUCCAAUACACUUUCUGAUUAUUCUUCGAUAUUAACUUAUGGAGGGUUCGGAUUUCUUAUUGGGUCUUCGCUGUGUAAGUUGUUUAUAAGAUUAUUAUUUUUCGUUCUUUAGUGUCCUGGAUUUUCACUCGACUCAACGCCUUCAUCACCUUUUUCCUGCUUCUGGUCAUAUCAGUCCCACUCACAUUAUCCUUGAUAUAUCAGACGGCCCUUUCGAAGCUAAUGUUUGUCUUCGUUUUUCAACAAAUUGUAUUCGGAACGAUCGAAAAAGGCUCGUUUUUGACGAUACACGGCAUCUUCAAAGGAGAGAAUAAAAUCUUCUUUUCACUGAUUGCCGCAUAUGCUUUUGGUGCCGGGUUGGCUGCCACGUUUGGACAACAAGGAGUUUUAUGGAGUGUCUCAGAUGGAGAUGGGACUAAUAUUCGCGUCAAAAGACAGUUGUUGCCAGUUUUGGAAGUGGAGAAUAGCACAACACCUUAUCUUGAAGUUGCGACUAGGUGAGAAAAAAAUUUUAUUUGAUUUUUUUAAAACGCGUUUUAUUACAAAUCGUAGUUUGGCCCGGACAUUGUUAAAAUCGAUGUCUCAGAAUUGAACGAAAAUUGGUCAACUUAAUCACUGAUAGCCACAAAACAUUCGCUUUCUUUAUUUUUGCCCAAAAUUACCAUAUGACGGCAUACUGUAACAUUUUUUUUUAAAAAAGAUAUGCCCUGAACGAGAAAACAAAGCGCUAUUUUAGCGCAAAUCGAGUUUAAGUGUAUGUUUUCGACCAUGCUGAAUAUAUUUGUAAUUGUCACCGAAAACUAAAAAUUACAUCUAAGCUAUGUUACACAUGAGGCAACAUACCAUUUCGGGCAUAAAAAAUGGAGUUUGGACGAGGCGCAGAUUUUGAAACCGGAAUAAUAAACUUCAAGCCAUGUCUAAUAAACUGUAAAAAUUUCAGAAAGAUCAAAUAUAUAGUUUUUGAGAUAUUGGAUAUUAAAUGUCUCAUGUGCAAGAUCACCUCGACCCCGAAAAAAUUUGGCAUUCUUGGGUUUUUGGCAAGGCGCAGAUUUUGAAGACCUCCAAUACAUUCUUAUCGCAUUUUAGGAGGAUACAGGAAGUUUCAGAGGAAAAAAAUGAAUAGUUUUUGAGAUAUCGACCAAAAUACCUUGUUUUAGGUCAUCAGAUGCCCGAAAAAAUCUGGCAUUCUUAGGUUUUUGGCUAGGCGCAGAUUUUGAAAGUUUCCAAUACAUUUUUAUGACAUUUUAGGAGGAUAUAGAAAGUUUCAGAGGAAAAAAAUGAAUAGUUUUUGAGAAAUCGGCCAAAAUACCUUGUUUUAGGUCAUCAGAUGCCCGAAAAAAUCUGGCAUUCUUAGGUUUUUGGCUAGGCACAGAUUUUGAAAGUUUCCAAUACAUUUUUAUGACAUUUUAGGAGGAUAUAGAAAGUUUCAGAGGAAAAAAAUGAAUAGUUUUUGAGAAAUCGGCCAAAAUACCUUGUUUUAGGUCAUCAGAUGCCCGAAAAAAUCUGGCAUUCUUAGGGUUUUGGCUAGGCGCAGAUUUUGAAAGUUUCCAAUACAUUUUUAUGACAUGUUAGGAGGAAAUAGAAAGUUUCAGAGGAAAAAAAUGAAUAGUUUUUGAGAAAUCGGCCAAAAUACCUUGUUUUAGGUCAUCAGAUGCCCGAAAAAAUCUGGCAUUCUUGGGUUUUUGGCUAGGCGCAGAUUUUGAAAGUUUCCAAUACAUUUUUAUGACAUUUUAGGAGGAUAUAGAAAGUUUCAGAGGAAAAAAAUGAAUAGUUUUUGAGAAAUCGGCCAAAAUACCUUGUUUUAGGUCAUCAGAUGCCCGAAAAAAUCUGGCAUUCUUAGGUUUUUGGCUAGGCGCAGAUUUUGAAAGUUUCCAAUACAUUUUUAUGACAUUUUAGGAGGAUAUAGAAAGUUUCAGAGGAAAAAAAUGAAUAGUUUUUGAGAAAUCGGCCAAAAUACCUUGUUUUAGGUCAUCAGAUGCCCGAAAAAAUCUGGCAUUCUUGGGUUUUUGGCUAGGCGCAGAUUUUGAAAGUUUCCAAUACAUUUUUAUGACAUUUUAGGAGGAUAUAGAAAGUUUCAGAGGAAAAAAAUGAAUAGUUUUUGAGAAAUCGGCCAAAAUACCUUGUUUUAGGUCAUCAGAUGCCCGAAAAAAUCUGGCAUUCUUAGGGUUUUGGCUAGGCGCAGAUUUUGAAAGUUUCCAAUACAUUUUCAUGACAUGUUAGGAGGAAAUAGAAAGUUUCAGUGGAAAAAAGUGAAUAGUUUUUGAGAUAUCGACCAUGGUGAACCUGUUAUAGGUCAAGUUGCUGGAAAAUUCGACCAAUUUUCUUCGGCAUCUCUUUUUUUCCGAGAUAUAUGUGUGUUACUGUUUUUUUCUCCAAAUUGUCACAAAUAAAUUCGAGCUCUCUGCAAAACUUUUGUCAAAUGUACGCCGAAAGGUACGAUUCUGUGUUCUGAUGACCUAAAACAAGGUAUUUUGGUCGAUAUCUCAAAAACUAUUCAUUUUUUUCCUCUGAAACUUCCUGUAUCCUCCUAAAAUGCGAUAAGAAUGUAUUGGAGGUCUUCAAAAUCUGCGCCUUGCCAAAAACCCAAGAAUGCCAGAUUUUUUCGGGCAUCUGAUGACCUAAAACAAGGUAUUUUGGCCGAUUUCUCAAAAACUAUUCAUUUUUUUCCUCUGAAACUUUCUAUAUCCUCCUAAAAUGUCAUAAAAAUGUAUUGGAAACUUUCAAAAUCUGCGCCUAGCCAAAAACCUAAGAAUGCCAGAUUUUUUCGGGCAUCUGAUGACCUAAAACAAGGUAUUUUGGUCGAUUUCUCAAAAACUAUUCAUUUUUUUCCUCUGAAACCUUCAAUAUCCUCCUAAAAUGUCAUAAAAAUGUAUUAUAAGCUUUCAAAAUCUGCGCCUAGCCAAAAACCUAAGAAUGCCAGAUUUUUUCGGGCAUCUGAUGACCUAAAACAAGGUGUUUUGGUCGAUUUCUCAAAAACUAUUCAUUUUUUUCCUCUGAAACUUCCUGUAUCCUCCUAAAAUGCGAUAAGAAUGUAUUGGAGGUCUUCAAAAUCUGCGCCUUGCCAAAAACCCAAGAAUGCCAAAUUUUUUCGAGGUCAAGGUGAUCUUGCACAUGAGACAUUUAAUAUCCAAUAUCUCAAAAACUAUAUAUUUGAUUUUUCUGAAAUUUUUACGGUUUAUUAGACAAGGCUUGAAGUUUAUUAUUCCGGUUUCAAAAUCUGCGCCUCGUCCAAACUGCAUUUUUUAUGCCCGAAAUGGUAUGUUGCCUCAUGUGUAACAUAGCUUAGAUGUAAUUUUUAGUUUUCGGUGACAAUUACAAAAAUAUUCUGCAUGGUCGAAAACAUACACCUAAACUCGAUUUGUGCUAAAAUAGCGCUUUGUUUUCUCGUUUAGGGCAUAUUUUUUUUUAAAAAAAAUGUUACAGUAUGCCGUCAUACGGUAAUUUUGGGAAAAAACAAAGAAAGCGAAUGUUUUGUGGCUAUCAGUGAUUAAGUUGACCAAUUUUCGUUCAAGUCUGAGACAUCGAUUUUAACAAUGUCCGCCCUCUGUUACGCUAAGCUCCAAAGUGUGGCAAAACGCGUUUUAAGGUUUAGAUUGGAUGAAGUUCGAUAUUAAUGCCCCAAGUUUUAGACCGCAUUCUGCUGUUGGAAUUGACACGGAUGAGAAUCCAAAAACGCGAGAAAAUCAAGCCCGCAGAAAAGAUAAUGAAGAAAAGGAGAAUCGAAAAAUAGCAAAUUCGACAGCCAAUUUGACCACUAAAAAAGAUGUAGAGAUCACGACAACACUUGCUACGUCAACUACAACAACUACGACAACGGAAGUUCCAUCAACGACCGUCUUCAAAAAAGACCCCAUGUUGAAUUUCAGCCGCUCUCGGAACCGAAUUUCAACCGAAAAGCCCUCAAUUCUAAGCGGAGUGAAGGAAAAGGUCAAGGAGAACAUUGCAAAGGUGUCGGAGAUGAAGACAACCGCCUCAACUCCGUACUUGAUCAUCAUGGCGUUGUCGUUCAUCCCGAUUCUUGGAUUUGUCAUUGGAUUUUGCGCUUGCUGCCUGCGGUUUCAGCUGAUUGCUGAUGUGAGAAUCGCUCAGGUAAGAGCUUGAAAGAUUUUUUUUAUUUUGAAUUUUAGCUUGAUCUUGAUGCCCAUUCGUAUCCAGAAGACUCAUGGACAAUAAAGGGACUUUCAUUUUUGUUAACGACCUUCCAAUCCGUCCCAGAAGCACUUUUAUUGGCGGGAUUACCAACGUUUGUCCAUAAUUAUGUGAAAGAAUUGGAUUCCCAGUCCUGUCUUCUGUUUUGCUCCGGAUUUUGGUUCAUGGCAUUCUUUGUUAGAAUUUUCUUAGUGUGGAGGUGAGCUUUUGAUUUUUUUUUUGAAUUUUUAGAACUUCAGAUGACGUUUGAAAUAAAUUUUUAGGUCCAGUCUUGCCGUCUCGAGUAGAACAAUAAAAAUCGCUUAUCUGGUUGGAUUCCCCACUGUUCUAUUGAUAUUUUUGUUGUACACCCCGAGUGAAGCCACCGUAUUCGCUGGACUUAUGGCAAUUGUAAGUGAUUUUUGUUUUGUUUUUGAUUUUUAGGCCAUUUUUGUUCUUCCCUUGCCCUUGGUCACAAGUCUUUGGUCCCACACACAACUAAAGAACUCCCCGUACGCUGCGACGACGAGAUACUUUUUGGGACUUUCCAUAGCCAAAAUAUUGGCACCGAUUCUGGCCAUAAAAGGAGAUCACUUUGCAAUUGGAUCGACGAUUGUGCUCUCCAUGGGCAUUAGUGUGCUGAUCUUCUUGUUCUUGUCGGAUAUUGUCGGGCGAAUUGGAAAAGAGAGGAGAAUCCAUCAAUUGACAGGGGAUUUGAAUGGUAAGGAGGAGGGGUCUGAGUUGGUGUUUGCAUAUAAAAUUCUAAAAGUGGGCGGAUGAGGUUUUCUCUGACCACUCUCUUCAUUUUACGAGAUAUUUCGUGUGGAAAAAAUCGUUUAAUACCUUGGAGCUGGUUGCAAUUUGGGAGCUGAAAUUUUUAGGAAUUGAUAGUUGAUCUAAAUGGAAAACGUAGCCAAAAUUUGGAAAUUUUUUUUGUACAUCGCAUAUUAGCAAUUUUGAGUCGAAUGGUCAUGAUGAAUAAUAAAAUAAUUCGAUUUCAGGCCAACGUCGAGUCUCCACUGGCGCCCAUUACACUCCAAAACCAAAAAAGAACGGCCCAUACGACAUGCUGAUGGAAGAGGAGAGCGACGCUGACGUCGAAAUGGACCUUGUCUUCCAAAAUGAAAAUUCCGAGUCCUCAGACUCUUAA